ACUAGAUUACUUCUAGUUAACAGUAUCAUCUGGAAUGCUUGCUACUCCAGCAGUGAAGGUCUUGACACGACAAUAAAUGGGUUUAGCGGCCUUAGCUCCCGCGGUGGCUUCUGCUAUUGUGCGCCUUCCACUUACAUCCGCCUCUAAGAAACUGAGAAAUUGUGGGUUGAGAGCUAAACUCAACGACGACGAAGAUGACCCUUUACUCCAAGCCGCCAUUAAUCGCGCUUCUCUUCGCUUACAGGAGACCCGUCGUCCAGAUCCUCUUUUUCUUGACCAAUAUGCUGGUUGUUUUGUUCCUGACAAUAUCCCAAUGGAUAUGGGGCGUUACCUCCGCCAUUAUUGCCUUGCAACAAAGUUUGUUGAUGAUAAAUUGCUUAUGACAAUGAACGAUCGGGACAGACUCAGGCAGGUUGUUUUGCUAACAGAUGGGAUGGAUACUCGGCCUUAUAGGCUUGGCUGGCCAAAUUCAACCUUAAUCUUUGAUGUAUCUCCGGAAAGAGUAUUCAGAAAGGCAGCUAAAAAGCUUGAAGAUGUUGGAGCUAAGAUUCAAAAAGGCUGCUUGUUUCUUCGUGUUCCAUUGGAGUCAUCUGAUAUACAGCAAAUUUUAUGCAAUAAGGGUUUUAAUGGUAAUCGACCAAGUAUAUGGGCCCUCCAGGGACUGCCGUUGAUGACAUUGGGGAGCUUUGAAGUCAUUUUGUCCAUUGUUAGUAAUUUGGCCAUGAAGGGUUGUCUUUUCUUGGGAGAAUUGCCUGCCUGGGAGACAGAAGCUGAGGCUGGAAUCAAGUCAAGUACACAGGCACGGAUGGAAAAGAUAUUCAUGGGCAAUGGUUUCAGGGUGGAGUUGAAUAGUUACAGUGAAGUUGCGGCAAAGCUAGGCAGGGAGCUGGCGCCACAAGACUACAAGGGUCUUCUUUUUGUGGCAGAACAAUUAAGAUUCUCCGAUGAUCAGAUGGAAAAUUGGAGGAGAGAAUUUCAGAGGAUAGAGGAAGAAGGCGAUGAAGAAGGAUUCGAGGAACUCUGAACGUUAACAAAAACCAUAUGUUUCUUGAUUGUGCAGUUUGAUUGGUGGAGGAAGAAGGCAAUAAAGGGUAUACUAGGUGGUUGAAGUGGAUGUAGUUCCUAAUGUUGUUUCUUUCUUUCUUCUGGGCAACAAUUAAAUCAUCUCAAAGCAAGGCCUCAAAAUUGUAAAAAUGCAGUCUAAAUUGGCAUAAAAACAUUUCGUCAAAACGACUGUGCGUAUUAAUUGGGCAAGUAGAUGACAAUCCUUGAUAUGUCUUGCUGGUUGGGGUAUGUUUUGCUUUAACGACAAACUAUUUUCUUUGCCCUGCA